AGCACACCGCUGGACCUGAUUGAGACUGGAAAGGGGCUGAAGUUCCAAGCAGAGCGCCCCCACCUGGUCAGCCUGGGUAGUGGACGGCUGAGCACAGCCAUCACCCUGCUGCCCCUGCCCGAGGGCCGGACCACACUGGGUCAUGGCCCCAUGGACAUCAGCAUCCAGGGCCCCGGGGUGGCCGCCCAGCACUGCUACAUAGAGAACAGGUCAGGGGUCAUCACGCUGCACCCCUGCGGGAACCCCUGUGCCAUUGACGGGCUCCAGGUCACACAGCCCGUCCGUCUGUCACAAGGCUGUAUGCUGUGUUUUGGCCAGUCAGCCUUCUUCCGCUUCAACCACCCUGAAGAAGCCUUCAGGAUGAAGAGCAUGGUACCCCAGGGAGGAAGUGUCUCCGCCAGAGACUACAGACUAUGCCCAGACACAGAGAGCUUGGUCAAUGGGAAUCACCAGGCCGGUCCAGCCCAGUCUCCCCCAGCUCCUGGAGAGAGAGUCCAGUCUGAGCACAGUGCAAUCGUCAGCUCUAUUGAGAAGGACCUCCAGGACAUCAUGGACUCUCUAGUCAUGGAUGACCCCCAGCCUUCUUCUUCAGAGGGCAAAAAGCCACCUGAAGGCCAACCCAUUCCGCACUCCCCUCUUUCACCCAUGGUCAAUGGAGGGGGCCGGUAUCUGCUGUCCCCUCCUACCAGCCCAGGGGCCAUGUCCGUUGGGUCCAGCUACGAGAAUACAUCCCCUCCCUUCUCUCCCCUCUCCUCUCCCUCAGCGGCCAGCAGUGGGAGCUUUACCAGCCCGUCUCCUAGUGGAGGACCCCAGGACCAGAGUUCUUCUCUGCCACCAGUGCCUGUACGCUCCUCUAGCUACAACUUCACCACCCAGCCUCCACCUGUACCCCAGCCACGGACCAUACUGCCUAACUUUAGCAGCAGCGGGGUGGGCCAGAAGGUUCAGGAAAGCCCCAGGCUGCAGAGGAAGGUCUUUAUAGAGGCUCCUCCAAGCCCCAAGCCAAGCCGCAGAGGCCUAGGCCAAGAUGGCUCUGAGAGCCCCCGACAGACCCCUCUUCUGUCCUCUACGGAAUCUCUCAGUAGUAGAAACAUUGUGCCAAGUAGCCCCAGACUCACUCCCAAAUUCCCCACCUGUCCAUCCCCGUCGCCCUCCAGUCCCAGGACCAAGACAACCACAGUGCUCCAGGAAAGGCCUGCCAGCCCUUUCAGAGAGCAGACCAGUCUAGCUGAUUGCUCCUCCAGCCCAUCCAGGCAGCUUUCCCAACCCACCAGAGCCUUUCAGCCUCCCUUGGAUCCCAUCGUCCACAUCAUCCAAGGAUCGCCGCUCCAGCAGCAUCCACGUUCACUGCAGCCCCCUGAAAGUCCUCGCAUGGCCAGGAGAAACAUGGAGCUGAACGGCAGUGGCAGUGGAGGGGGCAGUAGUAUGAGAGAGCUGCCACCACUUAGCCCCUCAAUGGCUCGGAGAGGGGUCCCGGUACUCCCUGGGGCACUCCCAGGUACAGUCCCCACCUUGAGGACUCCAGAUAGUCCUUCAGGCCUUAGCAAAUUUGUCCCAGAGAGUCCCAGGCUCAGACGCAAGUCUGGAUCUACAUCUGAGGAGCAUUGCAGCAGGGGGAUCCGAGCCCGCAGUCCGUCGCCUACCUCUAUGAUGAUGGAGGGUGGUGGUGGUGCAGGAGUACGGAAGGCGAGCUUUGGGAAUUCCCUGUCACCUGCUUACAGUCUGGGCUCCCUGCCUGGCUCGUCCCCCGUUGCCAGCCCCAGGACCCAUAGGAAGAUGUCUGCAGGGAGACCCCACCCUGGGAUGAGGGAAAGGAAGAACAGCAUCACAGAGAUCAGCGACAACGAGGACGAGCUGCUGGAGUACCACCGACGACAGAGAGAGGAGAGGCUUCGAGAGCAGGAAAUGGAGAGACUGGAGAGACAGCGACUAGAGACCAUCCUGAACCUCUGUGCCGAAUACAACAAAGGAGAAAGCACCGGCCUGGAGCCCCUGGGCUCAGGGAGGACAGGGUUUCCCGGGGGGCUGUCGGACAGCAUGGGGCGGAGGCCGUCCAUGGAGAAUGCCCACGGAGGGACACCGUCCUCCGCAACGCUCCGCCUGCUGCAGAGACAGAGGGAGAGCGACGAGGAGAACCUGAAGGAGGAGUGUAGUAGUACAGAGAGCACACAUCAGGAGGUGAGGACAUCUCCUGCUCUCAGCACAGCAUCAGCACUGCACAAUGGAGACAGACAGCAUGAGGACUCAUCCAGUUCAGGCAGCGCAGGUCGCCUGGAGCUGGGUUACCUGGAAGACGAGCGGGUUCGCGUUCUUGCUCGGAUCGAUGAGCUCAAAACCCGGCUGAUGGAGCUGGAGCAGCAACUCCAGGAGUCCAAACAGGAGGCGGAGAUGGAGCGUGCCUUGCUGCAGGGCGAGAGGCAGGCGGAGCUCGACCAGAUUGAGGCUGAGACAGACAUCAUCACUCAGCUGCAGCACAAGCUGGACGAGCUGGAGAGCGCCAUCCAGAGAGAGAAAGACAAGGAGAGGGCUAAUGUUGAGGCCGAGCGCCGGGCCCUGCAGAGCCUCCAGGAGGGCUACGCUGAGCUGAAGAACCAGCUUCAUAACUGUCCCGAGUCCCUGCGAGAACAGUUGCAGGAACAGCUCAAAAGGGAUGGAGAGGCGUUGGAGACAGGAACCAAAAAGUUCGAGGACCUUGAGUUUCAGCAGCUGGAGAGAGAGAGCAGCCUGGAGGAGGAGAGAGAAACCAUCAGCCAGCAGCUGCUCCAGGAGAGAGCAGAGUACCACAGCAGCGUGGCCAAGAGGAAGGAGAAGGUGUCUGCUCUGGAGAACCAGGCCAACCAGCUCGGCCUGCAGGCAUCUCAGGAGUGCGAGCGGCUGGCCAAAGACAGGACCCUCACGCUGCAAAUGCUCCAAAAGGUGUUCCGCUCUAAGCUGGACAGUGAUCCAGGCUUGUCUUUUCAUCAGCCUAAAUCAGGCUCCGCGUCCCCUCUGCAGCACGGAGCAGCGACACUGGGACGCAACGCCAGCUCAAAGAGCCCCCUGCUGGCGGCCAACAGCACCGGCAGUCUGCCCAGGAACCUGGCUGCAACCCUACAGGACAUUGAGACCAAGAGACAGCUCGCUCUGCAGCAGAAAGGUCAGCAGGUGAUCGAGGAGCAGCGCCGCCGUCUGGCCGAGCUCAAACAGAGAGCGGCGGCCGAGGCCCAGUGUCAGUGGGAGGCGCUCCACGGCUCCCAGCCCCACCUCAUGACCUCGUCCUCCUCGUCGCCCUCCUACUCCCCAGUCAUGUCCUAUAGCCCCGCGCUGAGCCACGGCUCCGUAGGCCCCCCACCUCUGGUCCACCACUCCAUCCUGCACCACCAGCCCCCGUCAGCCGGAGAGCAGCCCUACGACACGCUGAGCCUGGAGAGCUCCGACAGCAUGGACACCAGCAUUUCCACGGGCAACAACUCGGCCUGCUCACCAGAUAACAUGUCCAGUGUCGGAGGAGUGGACGCGAUGAAGAUCGAGGAGAUGGAGAAAAUGCUGAAGGAGGCGCAGCUGGAGAAAGCCAGACUUAUUGAAUCGCGGGAACGAGAGAGCCUGGCUCGCCGUCAGAUGCUGGAGGAAGAGAGGAGGAGGAGGGAGGAGGCGGAGAAGAGACUGCAGGACGAAACCUUCCACCGGCAGCAGCUAGUGGAGAAGGAGGUCAAGAUGAGGUCCAAGAACUUCUCUCAGGCCCGUCCAAUGACUCGCUACCUGCCCAUCCGGAAGGAGGAGUUCGACCUGCGCUCCCACGUGGAGUCGUCGGGCCACAGCGUGGACACCUGCUACCAAGUCAUCCUCACAGAGAAGAUGUGCAAGGGCUACCUGGUGAAGAUGGGAGGCAAGAUCAAGUCCUGGAAGAAACGCUGGUUCGUCUUCGACCGCCUCAAAAGGACCUUCUCCUACUACGUCGACAAACAUGAGACCAAGCUGAAGGGUGUGAUCUACUUCCAGGCAAUAGAAGAGGUCUAUUAUGAUCACCUCCGCAGUGCCACAAAGAGCCCGAACCCCUCCCUGACCUUCUGCGUAAAGACCCACGACCGGCUCUACUACAUGGUGGCCCCCUCAGCAGAGGCCAUGAGGAUCUGGAUGGACGUGAUCGUCACAGGAGCAGAGGGAUACACACAGUUCAUGAACUGAGAGACGCGUGCAGCAAAGGUGACGAGCAGAUAGUUUCGGCAGGGACUCUCCCAUCACAGACUCUACAGCCCCCCCCCAACCCAUCCGUUUCCAGUCCACCGCGGACACAACGCCUUGUUUGUUACUUUUCAUUUUUAAUCUCACAUUAUGAUUUUUACUAUGUAGACGUUUCACCUCCACAUUUUCUAUGUGAUUUCUGUUCUGAAAAAGGGAGCCCUCGGAGGACACACACAUUUACACACAUCUGUAUAUAAACCAAAAUGUAUACCUGUCAAAGACUUUUAAAAAGCCUUUCUAUAUUGCCAAAUGGAGAUCUUGUAGUUACUGUUUGUUGAACAUUUUGUAUUAUUUGUUUCCUUUCUUUCUUCUUUUUUUUUUUACUUCUAGAGAAAAUUGCCAAAUGACAUAAUGCCAAUGUUUUAUUUUGAGUGUUCCAUCAUGACUAUGCUCAGUUUAGACAGAAAGCAUCUCCAAUCAAAGGGUGUAAUCAAUUUAGGAAUAUAUUUGAAAGAAUCACAUUUAAAAUGUCUGAAUCCAUGAGAAAUAAUAAAUCAGUCAACAGGGACCGGAGGUGAUCUAAGAGUCCAGCACACUUGACUGUAAGAGUGACACAGUAAAACAGAGCAUCCUCCACAAGCUGCUCUUAGACUAAAGACUAAUACUAAAUGCAGCAUCUUCAGCACAUUACGCCAUCCAGAGCUUCAUCCCAGUCACAUUACUUCACAUAUUCUUACCAAAGUAACUGGAGGUACUUUGACCCACUAAGCUCAGGAGUUCACGCUGCAGUUCUCACUAUGGUUCGACUAAUAUGGGGUAAGGCUGGUACUGACAUUAGCAUUAAAGCUGCUAAUGAACAGUGUUUGGUGCAGAAUUCAUUAUAUAUAAAAUAUUAAUAAAAAGUGCUCUGAACCCAGAAUAACUGUCAUGUCUGUAUGCUGAAUAUGAAGCAACAGGCAUUUAGCUUAGCAUAAAGACUAGAAGGGAAACAGCUAGUCUGGCUCUGUCCAAAGGUAAAAACAAUUAGCUAAUAUGUUGUAUCUCAUUUGUUUGAUGCAGACAAAACAAUCAUGUAAAUACACUUCAUUUGUCACUUCUUUGACAAUUGUGGAGCUAAGCUAGGCUGAACAAGCUAAGCUACAUGCCUUUAAGAAUAUCCCCACAUUUUAAUACAAUUUACGAUGAAAUAAAAAAGGAGCCAAUCCAUCAUUUUAGCUGGAUGUUAGCCAACACCCAGACAGCCUGUAUAUUGGUCUAACCAUAGCUGCCACAUUCUCAGUGUACUAUAUGUGAUGAACAGGAGUAUUUCACUGUGUCUGUCUGAUGCCGACAUGUUGCCAACUCAAGGUGCAAACAGAAUAUCUACGUGCACACUGUAAACAGAUAAAGCUCUAUUUGCCAAGUAGCCUUCAGCUAACUUGAUGAUGCGACUACACAGCUGGGAAGCAGCCAUCAUCACUGCCAGCCUAAAGCAAAACCACCGGAGGGCGCUACAGAGACCACACCGCCACAGGACCAGGACAGGAUGAAAAAUACGGACUAAUGCAAUUCUGAACUGUGCCUUGACUAUGUGUUGUUAUUGAUGCCGUGAGUCCAGCACAGCCUCGCUGGAAGGCUACAAUUGUAUGAAUGCAUUUUAGUUUGUGUUUCUGGACUGUGAUGCAGUACGUGGACAGGUUGGCAUGAGGUCUGUACACCGUUACGGGGACGUCUGAUGGGUACAGGCAGAGAUACCGAAGGCCCGGAGCACAGUGGGGAUCAGUUAGCUCACUGUUAUAAUUUAAACUCAAUGUACAACAUAUUAAGUAGAUUCAUUUAUAUUAUUAAAGGAACACUCAGUUUUCAGUCAUCAUCAUGGGGAACUAAUCAGUCUGGAGGAGCUGUGUCGGGUCUGAGAAAAUAACCCUGAUGAUGUCAUCAGUGUCUUCAAUUUGACCAUUUUUUAAAAUCUCUUUAGCAAGUUCCUCUUUCUUUGCUGGAGUGCUCCUUUAAAUCCUAACCAAUCAGAGAUGCAGAUGCUUGUUCUGUAAGCAUAUUAAACAGUUUAACAACUUUUGUUAAUUUUAAUGAUUAUUAUAAGAGUUUCAUAACCUUUCCUAUGUCCUUGCCCUUUUGGUGCAAGCUCUGCUUCAUUAGUUUCCUCUGUAGAAAAACUCUAGCUAACUAGCUAGCUAAUUUACAUCAAUUGUUAGUUAGCUAGUUACGUCUGAAAGCCAAUGAUAGCAAAAGGCUUGCUAAAUAGCUAGCUAACAUUUUGCUAACACAACUUUUCAACAUAAAUGAAGCUAGCACAUAGCGAAGUAGAGAAAAGGGGCGGGACUUAUGAAUCCCCACUGUGAGCUGAGGUCUGCAUGCAUGAGGAUGGAUAUUGAAACCUGGUAUCUUCAGCUUUAACAGACUGUAAAUGACCGGGCUCGCCUGGCGUCUCCGUGUUGAUCAUCACGUUGUGAAUCUGUUGAUCGGCCAUGAACGUGUUUGUAGUUAACGGACGUUGUUUUCUGUUUUGUAGAGGCAGAGGACAAACUAGGCUGUGAUUAUUUGGAGCAUGUGGAACUGUUGUUUAGUUUCAUGUGUCGGUACAGUAAUAAUAAUUUAUGGUUGUGGUGCCUGAGAUAGUGACACGUUUACUGAAAAAAACAAAAAAAAAGACUAGUGAAAAGAC